AUGACACUCUUCCUUGCCAAGUCCGGGAUUCCGGUCCCUCGUGGAGUAUUGGCACGUACGCCUCUUGAAGUUCGAGAUGCUGUAAAGAGUCUAGACAGAAGCUGUAUUCUGCAAGCUCAAGUUCUAUGGGGACACAAAAACAGCCUCUCGUUCGAGACCGGGCUAAGAGGGGGGAGUCAGAAAGUUCAGGAUCCCGAGCAAGCAAUGGAUAUGGCCGAUAGAAUGCUCAACUGUCGGGUGGUCUCCGAUGGCGUCAGUCACCAGUCUAUUGCCGUUAACCAGAUACUCGUAUCUGAAAUUAUGGCCCAUCAGGAGCUGUGGCAUUUAACCAUGACCAUUGAUCGAGAAAACUACUGUCCUGCAAUCAUCAUUUCCAAGCAAGACGGCAGUACUAACACCGAGAGCAGUAUGAUUCAAAAGAAUCAUCCAAAGAGUUCCACUUUUGUGCUUGGUUUCUCUCAAGGUAUAACCAGAGACUUAGUUAUUCAAAUAUCCGAGUUCCUGGGCGUUGCAGCUGACCAAGUGACCAACCUGGAUGACAUGUUGACAAAGAUGUAUGGCAUCUUUCGGGAAAAAGAUGCGACGCUAUUGGAGAUGGCCCCUCUUGCAAGAUUAGAAAAUGGCUUGUUUGCAUCCCUUGAUGCCAGGCUUGUCAUUGACGAUGAUGCGGCAAAGCGACAGCCUGAUAUUUUCCGCCUGCGCGAUAUGAGUCAGGAGGUGGAAGACGAAGUCGAGGCCGAAAAGCACAACCUGGUAUAUAUUAAAUUGAACGGCAACAUCGGAAACAUUGUCAACGGAGCAGGACUGGCAAUGGCCACAAACGAUGCCAUUGGCCUUCAUGGGGGCACCAGUGCUAAUUUCUUAGAUGCUGGGGGCCAAGCAACUAAGGAGACAAUGAUCCAAGCCUUUGGGAUCCUUAUGGCAGACGAGCGGGUAAAAGCCAUACUGAUCAACAUAUACGGAGGCAUCACUAGGUGUGACAUGAUUGCCGAAUCCAUCAUUGGAGCCGCGCAGCAGAUGACCCUGUCCGUUCCACUUGUCGUCCGGCUCCAGGGAACUAACUCAGCGGAAGGAUUGAAGCUGCUCGCGGAUGCUCAACUGGGCCUCCAUGUCGAGUCCGAUUUUGGGCGCGCCGCUCAGCGAGCCGUCGAGCUGGCUCGUUUAUAACGAUACUACAGGUACGCUGAU